ACCAUACUGUAUCGAGUCUGUCUGUCCACAAUCUUAUCCAUUAUUCACCUUCCUCUCCUGCGCUGUCCUUCACCGUGGUCUAUUUCUCUACAAGCGGUUAGGGUUUCGAUCAAAAACUAGAGGAAGAAGAAGAGAAAGCAGUAGCAGCAAUGGACCAGCCGCCGCACCAGCCGGAGUGGUCUCGGCUCCCGAGACACAUCCUGUUCGAAAUCGCCAGGCGCCUCAACCAAACCACCGCCGCCGCAGCGUCUCCCGUCAACACCCUCCGCCUCCGCUCCGUCUGCAAGUCGUGGCGCUCCGCCAUCCCCGCCUUCAAGCAACAGCGCGAGACCCUCCACUUCCCUCUCGACCUCCCCUUCCCCGUCACUCCCAACCCCAACCACGACCUCCGCGGCUGCUUCUCCCUCUCCCAAAGCACCGUCCACUUCCUCCAGCCUCCCUCCAAACCCUCCUCCCUCCCGUGGCUGCUCAGGGUCGAGGAAAAGGACGCCGAGAAAGGCAAGUGGAAGGCCCUCAACCCACUCUCCAAGGUCUCCACCGACAGCCUCCCGAGGUGGUUCCCCAAGUCCCUCGACCUGCUCGAUCUCCGCGUCUCCGUCAUCGGCGCCGCCUACGCCCUCCGCUUCGUCGACGAGGAGAGCAACAAGAAGAAGAACAAGAACAAGAACAAGGAUGACUGGACCACGAGGACGAUCAAGGCCUUGAUGGAACAGUCCGACGGCAGCUCGAGAGGAGUAGUGGGAGCAGUGGACGCCACGCUGGCGGAGAAGUUCAAGUCCACGCUGAUACUGAGGGUGGCGGUGUCCCCGUCCCCGUGGAGCGGCGGCGACGGCGGCCACGAUUACGCAGUCGCGGCGAUUCACGGUCAGGGAAAACUAGGGUUUUACAAGCUCGGGGACGAGAAGUGGACUCCCGUUUCGGACGAGUCGAGGUACCACGACGUCGUUUACCACGGGGGAAGGUUUUACGCCGUGGAUUACCAGGGAGGGGCCGUGGUGAUCGAUUCGGACUUAAAGGCGAAGAAGGCCGUGCCUCCAUUUCCCGGCAAUGGCCAAGCCCCUCGCGGCGGCCAGAUCAAGUCUCUCGUGGAGUCGGGCGACGGUCAGCUCUACCUGGUGGACAAGUAUCCGGGGUCGAUUCGCGAAGUUCACGUGAAGGUGUACAAGCUUGAUGAGACCAAAAAAGAGUGGGAGAGGGUUCAUCGUUUGAACGACCAAGUUUUCUUUGUCGGGGAUGAUUGCUCUUGUUCGGUCUCCGCCCAAGAUUUUCCUGCGUUGAAAGGUAACUGCGUCUAUUUCCCGGUCAAGUGUUAUAAUGUUUACGGAGGAGAGGACGUCUGCGACGGUGUGCAAGACUUGGAGAGCGGUGUAUGCGGGCCAGUAGAAGUGUUCCAGCCGGAUCGAAUGACCAUGUUUACUCUCCCGACUUGGCUUAAGCCAAAACCCCGUGCUUCAAAGAAAUGAUUGUCGUUGCACUUGUGUUGGAUCCAAGGUACUUCUUAACGCAAACAUUCAGCUUAUUGGAUUUCUUGGUCAAAAUAAAAGCCAUCCAGGAACAUUGUCACUCAAAAUCAAUCUGAGUUUGAUCUGUACAAGUGUUAGUUGAUAUCCUGUAAGACUUCAGGUAGUAAUCCAAAAAAGAGUCUAGGGGCCUAAAUAAAAUAAAUGGAACUUGCUUCAUUGCAUAGAAGACAAAGAUAAAAUACUGAUAGUAAUAAUACAGAGCUGCCAUCAUUAUCAAGAUUAUUAUUACAAGUUUCUAUUAAUGGACUUUGCUUGCAGAAAGUUGUCUACGGGUGAAAAGCUAUUAGUUCUUUACACAGUCUUUCAUUCGUUUAUGGACAUGUAGUCUGCAAAUUCUUCCAUUUUCAGAGCCAUCGCUGCCUGACUCUUUUAAUAUAUGUAGUUACAAAUUGAGAGGGUUCCUUGCUUCAUUGAAGCACUUGUUUGUUCAUUAUAUAUAUGUAAUUUAAGUAAAGCCAUUCAGUUUCUCUUCACUUCUCAUAUUCCCAUUUGACAUUCAAUGCGAAACUUUGGAAACACCACUUUCUCAAGUUUGAAAGAAUGGAAAUUCUCCAUCUAUUCAAUAACUCCUUUAGAACUUGGCCCUGUUAGUCUAGGAUUUGAUGCAAAGCUAUGCAUGACAGCAUGAGUCUAUCCUCCUCCUCCUCCUCCUCCUCUUCAUCGCAAUUACUGUUAAAAAAGCAAUUGGUCAUGGACUGUGGAUGACACUAUUGGACUGAUUUUCUUUGCUAGAUGAUUACAUUCAAACUUAGCUUUGUUUAUCUGAUCUUCCCUGUUGAUCUUCUUGUAUUUCUUAUGCAUAUCUAUGUUCUGGUGAGCGUUACUGUUGCUUUUGUAGUUGGUUUUGAUUAUGAUGAUUAGGUUGUAGUGCGACAAUGCAUUUGGUAGCUCUAUGUAAUUAAGAAAAACUUACUCGACUAUUGUCAGUCAUGAAAUACCUGAAAACUUUAGAAGACAGAACAUGCAGGAUGCCAAUCUGUAGUUUUUGCAAGUCAGAAACUGAAGUGUUUGUGUUUUCAACUGGGGUCAACAUUUUUUUCUUGGUUCUUACUUUUUGAGUCAUGGCAAUUUUGUUGGAUCCUUAAAAUUACAUACAUUCAGCAGCUUAGAUAAUUCUUACAUUAGAUUUCAUGGUCAAAGGCCAGGAAACAUUAUGUCCAGGCAUAUUAAAAGUACUCGUGAUACCCGAAUGUUAGGCCAAACUUGCCCUAAACAAUUGUGUCAAGGCAUAUUAAAAGCUUUCUGGCAAAUAGCAUACUCUGGUAGUGCUUGGAGUUUCUCUUCUGAUCUUUAUUAAGAUUUCAUAUUCGGAGGUCAAGAUGAACUGAUUGAUCCACAUGGUUUGGAGUUAUGGCCAUACAAGGAUUGACAUUUUUAUCCCAUUUAUAGACAGAUCUUUUGGAAGUCGUGUUUGGUAUUUGGGGUGAAAAUUUAUUAGUUCUUCACAUCAUUCAUUCUUUUCUGGAUUUUCAGAGCCAUCAGAUGCCUGAUUUUCUUUUUCUAUGUACUUGCGCACUGAGAUGGUUCCUUGCUUCAUUGAUACACUUGUCCGUUCCUUAUAUGUGCAACGUAAAUAAAGCCAUUGGGGUUAAAUAUUUUCAGAGGAUCUUUAGUUCCACUGUUUUAUUUCUAUGAAUGAUCCAUCUUUCAAUUUGCUUGAUCAUUACGCGUGAGCUAAAAAAUAAAAGAAGAGUUCUUCCCAUCUUACUACAAAGUCAGUAUCUAUUUAACAUUUAAUUUGAGAACUAGUGGGCAAUUUUAGCAUUUCUUGACUGUGGUACUCGUUGCAUGGUUAUUACAGGUACACCGCUAAGAAGUGUUUUUUUGGGAGCUGUG